GAGUCAUGAAGGAAGUUCUGUCAAGUGUUUCCCACACCUCCUGCAAGAUAUAAAAGUUGAAGGUCUCUGGGAUUUCCUUGCGUUCUUACCUUCUGCAGCCUCUUGCUCUCAUCUGAAAGAAAAAUGAAGAGAUUUGCUGCAGUGCUCAUUUGCCUGGGAGUCUUUUGGGCUCAGACUUCUGCAUUGAACACCUUUUUGCUGCACGAUCCCCUCAGCAACUAUGUCACUGGGACCAUGACCAUCCAGAACAAGGAGAAAAUCGUCAAUGUCCACGUCCGCUCCGGCGUGUACUCCUCUGACACCAUCUUUGACUACCCACAUGGCUAUAUUGCCACCAAGCUGUUUUCACGAAACGCCUGCUUUAUCAUGAAAAUAAGGAAGGACAUCAUCCCAGACCUGCGAGAGAUUGGGCGCCUGGCUUUUGAGAGAGAGACCAUGAGGGAUGUAUACUCUCCAGAUAAUGUGUGGGCCAAGUUCCAACCUGGCAGUUCCAGGCUGGGGAAUUUUAAAGACUGGAUUGUCUAUGGGAAGCAGAUUGAAAAGCUCUGCACGGGGCUGCCUCUCUACAAGCUGGUGGCCACUGACCCACCAGCAAAUGAUGAUAGCUGUGCCAGUGCCGGCAUUCCAAGCAUUUUGGGCCUUAAAAUCUGUGAAGAACUCAUUGCAACUGGAUCUUGACAUUUCUGUGGCCUUUUUGCAUGUUUUAAUGAUGGCAGCCAUGGUCUCCAGCUGGAACAGAACUCGGGUACGAGGCUCUACCUGCCCAUGCAAAGCUUUGAUGCAUAACAAGCCUAUGACCUACAAAUAAAUAGAAUGCUUUAAAU